ACCAAGUAAUUCAUUAAUUAAUUAUUGUUAUUUUCGACAUUCAUAUCUCCCCUGUUUUCUCGAGUAUAUAAGGAUACGAAGGCAGAGUAUGAGUAAUCAUCCAAUGCAUGCUCUGCUUUGAAAACAGAGGAAACAGAUUAGUCAUAUCACAACAUAAUUUUGAAAACCAGAGCCCUCAAUUUCCACUUCAAAUGGAUCUCUUUAACUUUCUCUCCCCGCAAAAUACAAAUUUCUCGCCGGAAUCCUCUUUUGGGUCAUCGGAUUCCUUCCGCUACGGCCAAUCUUUCGAUUUCAAUUCACUCCCUUUCAAUGAAAACGACUCCGAAGAAAUGCUUCUAUUCGGGCUAAUUGCAGAGGGAAGCCAAGAAACAACAUCAAAAACUACUUCUUCUUCUUCUUCGUUCUCUUCACAUAUUUUGAAGGAAGAGGAGCUCGAUCCAAUCUUUGAAGAAAGACCCAAGAAGGAGAAGACCUACAGAGGCGUCCGGAGGAGGCCGUGGGGGAAAUUCGCGGCGGAGAUAAGGGAUUCCACUAGAAAUGGCGUUAGAGUAUGGUUAGGCACAUUUGAUACUGCAGAAGCAGCUGCUUUGGCUUAUGAUCAAGCAGCUUUUUCAAUGAGGGGCUCAUCUGCAACACUCAAUUUUCCAGUUGAGAAGGUUAAGGAGUCAUUGAAGGACAUGAACUACAGUGGAGAGGAUGAUGGGUGCUCCCCAGUUAUGGCUUUGAAGAGGAAACACUCAAUGGGGAGGAAAAUUAUGGGGAGGAGUAAGAAACAGAGAGAGGUGAGGAUAGACAAUGUGGUGGUGUUGGAAGAUUUAGGUGCUGAUUACUUGGAAGAGCUGUUGAAUUCAUCUGGAAGUGCUGGGCCUUUGUGAAAAAAAGAAAAAAAAAAGCAAUUUGUUUUUUUUACUUUGGGCUAUUACUUUUCUUCUUUUUCAUUUUUACCCCUAUCUUUUACUUUCCCCUUUUUAUUGAUGAUGUAUCUCUAUUUUUUUUCUUGUAACAUAUAUUAGUUGAUAUGAGGGUGGACAAGCCGCGAAAAGUAAGAAUCACUGGAGUGGUCCUUGCAGAUAUUCGAUCUGUUUAUUAGUGUAGGGUGCGCACAAUUUUUUAAAGCUGGCAAACAUAUCAUACGUCUACAAAUAACACUGCAGGGAAACUACAAUGACAUCUAUUUCAAAUCCGACGAAAGUAUAAAGGAUUUGUAGGAUUUAUCUUGUUGGGCUCUAUUGUAAUUCAUUGGCCUAUAUACUCAUUUCAUUAAAAUAACUUUUGUUUUCUUAAAGCCAAGAAUGUUGUUUAGCCAAU